AUGCAGCCCAGUCGGCAGCCAAACCCGCUGGCUUGGCUAUGCCUAGCAUUGGCUGUUCUCCCUUCUGAUGUCUUAGCUGCUCCACGGGCCCAAAAUCCGUCGAUCCCAUGGCCAUCAUGGAAUUCAACAAACACUCCUGUUGUUGCCCCCCAUCCAGAUGUUCCCAUUGCCCCGGUUCCAAAUCCGCAGCCGGAGAGCUUUUCCACCCUUUCUAUUCCACAGCCAGAGACGACACCUGGUCUCCCAGUUCAAUCAUUCUUGACACAUCCGGUUGUUCCCGAGGGUUCAAUUCCUGCCACCCAGCCUUCCAUAGUUUGGAAUACUAUGUUAACCGUCUCUGUUCCAAUACCUUCCAACACCCAGCAAACUCCACCAGCAGUCCCAAGUGACUCAACACCAAUUGGUCAAUCAUCUGUUGCUGGAAAUACAGUCUCGAGCAUUCCGAUUCCUGUGUCAUCCAACACUGAACACAACCCUGCAGCUUCAACAGCAUGGCAGCCCCCGGUAGUCCCUAGUGGUUCGCAGUCUACCGGUCUACCUUCCACUGCCGAGACUAGCAUAUCCUCGAUUUUGGCGCCUGUAUCCUCUGCAACAUCCACGGUAUGGCAACCUUCAGUUGUUCCGAGUGCCUCGAUAUCUACCAGCCAGGAUUCUGUUGUCGGAAGUAGCACGUCAGUAGUAGUUCCCGAUGUUUCACUUUCUGGAACCCAACAAAUCUCCGCGAUCCUCACGGCAUCGCAGCCACCUGUUGUCUCCGGUGUCUCAACAUCCAUGAGUCAAGUGUCUGUUAUUGACAAUACGAUCUCAUCCGUUCCAGUGCCUGAGUCUUCCAGCGUCCAACAGGGCUCUACGACUACUACGGAUUUACCACCACUGAUCAUUCCGGUUCCAAGCAACUCCGCUACGUCGCCUCCGGUCGAAACCACUCCUACGACGAAGCCAAAUCCACCGCCGGAAGAAGCUCCCACACCUUCAACUGCUGCGUUGGUCUCCACCAUUCCCUCAACAAGUGGUCAAUUGUCCUCUGCCCAAAGCAGCACUCCCGCGAACUCCGUGAUUCCAGACACGGUUUCCAAUACACCAAGUGGAAGCGUGGAUCCGAAGGCGCAAAUCACAACCGCACCGCAGCAGACCGCUCAGGAAACUACCAGUGCUGUCAGCUCCACGUCAAGCGAUAUUAUCCCAGUGGUUGUGCCCAUCCCGGUUCCCGUGCCAAAUCCAUCGACACCCCCUUCACCACCACCACCGCCGCCUCCACCGCCGCCGCCGCCGCCACCACCUCAGCAGGAUAAUAAAGGGGGAGAUAAAGGAGGCCCUCCUAUUAUUAUCCCACCUCCAAUUCCUCCCAUUAAUCCGCCAAAGAUUGAGCCUCCGAAGAUCAAUCCACCUCCUAUCAUUCCCCCUAUUAUCCCUCCACCUCUUCCGCCUAUAAUUAACCCGCCGAAGAUCGACCCCCCAAAAAUCGAACCGCCAAAUAUCCACCCGCCUCCGAUUUUCCCCCCAAUUAUCCCUCCGCCGAUCCCUCCGCCAGUACUUCCUCCGGUACCUCCUGUAGUUCUGCCACCGAUUCCGCCGCCAGUUCUUCCGCCGGUCCCUCCUCCAGUCCCUCCUCCAGUACCUCCUCCGGUACCUCCCCCAGUUCUUCCGCCUGUGCCUCCGCCAGUGCCUCCUCCGGUACCCCCUCCUGUACCUCCGCCAGUUCUUCCACCAGUUCCCCCGCCGGUUCCUCCGCCAGUUCCUCCCCCAACCCCCCCAGAGGUCAAACCCCCAGAGGUUGACCCUCCAAUCAAGCCUCCUCCACCUGAAGUCAACCCGACGCCGCCUCCGGUUAGCCCUCCCGAAGAUGCCAAGCCAAGUCCAUCUCCCAGUGAUCCCAUGCCUCCGCCCACGCCUCCGCCCGGCGCCCCUCCGGUGGUCCCUACGGAAGACACGCAGCCCACGCCGACACCCGUGAUGAGCUCUACCACGACAUCCAGCAGUUCGUCGUCGUCGUCGUCGUCAUCGUCUUCCUCCUCCUCUGCAACGGUUUGUCCCUCGGGUCUACCCCAAGUGCCCGAAAGGAAAAGGAAAGGAGGCUGUCCUGGUCCUCGCAAGCUGUGUAGCCCGUCGUGCGCUGCCUGCGUGUCCAAUGAGGUUACACAGCCUCCUGGUCUCACAAAGCGUGAGGUUGAGUUCUUCGGCAAUCUGUCUAUGUCUGGUGAUGGUUCUGCGCUCCAUGGGCUCAAAAAGCGGACGAUGAAAACCCCCGCGGAUUAUGGAAAUAAUCUGAACCGUUUCUUCUACCAUGAGCUUCAAGCCGGUCCGAAAGUUGUUAAGGGGUUCUGGAUUCCCCCCGGCGCUCCUAAGUCGCACAACCAGCCCUCGAUCGUUACGGCCCCCCUUGGGAAUAAGAAUUUCAACGUUGGCCUUGUCAAUCUUCGCGGGUGCUCUUCUGUUCUUGUUGCGUCGCGAGCCGGCAUAUGGUGGGCUCAUUUCUGGGAAACCCCUGGGUUCAGACACGAGACGCUGAUGUCUGGAUAUCAAUACGUGGAAUCGCUGUUCAAGACGUUCGUGCUUGAUGUCUUUGACGGCGGCUGCGAGUACCGCAUGGUCGGUCCCAACAACGUGGUUGGCACACGGAACGUGAAGGGUAUUCGAUGCUUCAUGGGCCCGGAUGCGGAGCAGAAGUGGUUUGACGCGGAAAACGCUCCGGUGGCGUUCAUAUUCACACCCGAGCACCACGCCGCGGCAGGGCAACCGCUGUACGGGCCGGAAGUCGAGAAGAUCAAAGACAAGCUCCGCUCGAUCCUCGGCGGCGGCCUGUCGGUCACGACGAUCACGCACAAGACCACGUCGCGGCUGGACGACGACGGCGAGCCGCCGCCGCUCGCGCCCGGCGUGUACGUGCCGCACGGCAAGGCGCUGUUCCAGUACGACCCGCGCGAGCAGGAACGCGACUGCCGCUGGCACGCGGGCUCCAAGCUGUACGCGGAGGAGAGGGCCGAGCCGUUCCACGCGGCGCUGUGGCCGGCCACGCCGGCGCAGCUGCAGGAGCCGGCGCCGCGCAAGCGCGGCGAGCCGUCGCUCGAUGGGCUCCCGGAGUCGUGCACGCAGCCCAUGACGCCGCAGUCCUCGACGACGGCGGCGGUGGAGUCGUCGAGUGCGGCAGCCACGCCGACGGCGCCGCUGCUGCGUGGGCUGCCUACGCCUGACUUGCCUAAACCGGAGGAUCCGAAGGAAGAGCCGAAGAAGGGGGCGCCUGAGAAAGAUGAUGCACCUAAGGAGGAGCCUAAGAAGGAGGAACCUAAGAAAGAAGACCCUCCUAAAGAGGAGCCUAAAAAAGAAGAUCCGCCCAAAGAAGAACCUAGAAAGGACGAGCCACCUAAGGACGAACCCAAGAAAGACGACCCGCCAAAAGAAGAACCGAAAAAAGAAGACCCGCCCAAAGAAGAACCUAAGAAGGACGAGCCUCCUAAGGACGAACCGAAAAAAGACGACCCGCCCAAAGAAGAACCUAAGAAGGACGACCACAUCGACGUGGACAAGGAGCCGACGGUGCGGUGCCAGAUCCGGCUGGGGGGGACGGAGUACGCGCUGGCGGUGCUGCAGGACGUGGCGAACUGGGGCGGCGACGGGGUGAAGCUGCACGGGGAGCUGGACAAGGCGUGCGGCAAGGUGAGCGCGUGGUCGUACAAGGCCGGCGAGCGGGCGACGUUCGUGCUGCCGCUGGGGUCGACGGAGCGGUGCGUGGCGCGCGCGGUGCUGGCGGCGGGCGGGCCGCGGCUGCUGGCGUGCGAGAAGGUGAAGAGGCCCGGGUUGCCGAUGGGGUAG